UGAAACUUCAUCAAUAUAUUCUUCACUCGAUCGAUAUUUUUGUAUUCUUACUUGAUAUAACUAUUUGAUUGAUUAUAUAUCGAUAUACCCAAAGAUUGAUUAGAUGGAAUUCACCAAUUUGCAAGAGGAAGAAGAUGAAGAGUCCUUCUUCCCUGUCAGCCCGACCGGCCAGUACUUCAACAGCUCUGUUCUUUCCAUCUGCGUUAUUGCUGUUCUGGAAUUCGAAGAUCCUAUUGAUGAUUCUCUCACGAUUCCUCUGAUUAAUGAUGUUUUUCUGCCCAUUAAUCCCAGGUUUUCUUCCAUCAUGAUUAUAGAUGAGAAUGGCGAUAAACAAUGGAAGAAAGUGGAAGUAAGACCAAAAGAUCACAUAAAAGUGCCUGUUUUCCCAGAAUCGAAAUCGAAUAAUUCAUCAUUGUACGAUGAUUGCUUCAAAGAUUACUUGUCCAAGAUUGCAGCAGAGUCACUUCCCCAGAGCAGGCCAUUAUGGGAAAUUCACAUUGUCAAAUACCCUACAAGCAAUGCAGCUGGAAAUGUGAUCUUCAAGCUUCACCAUGCACUUGGAGAUGGCUUCUCUUUAAUGGGAGCUCUCCUCUCUUGCCUCCAAAGGGCAGAUGAUCCUUCCCUCCCCUUAACCUUCCCUGCAUUCAAGGAGCCCACCCUGGGAAAUGACAAAAAGGGGCUCUGUAAGGCUGUGCCCAGUAUACUCUCUGCCACUUUCAACACCAUAUCGGAUUUCGGUUGGAGUUUAAUGAAGAGUAGCUUUCUUGCGGAUGACCGGACCCCGAUCCGGUCAGGCGACCCCGGGGUCGAGUUCCGGCCCAUCGAUAUUACUACAAUUACAUUUUCAAUUGAUCAGCUCAAGCAAAUCAAGACCAAACUUGGUGUGACAAUAAACGACGUCAUUUGCGGAGUGAUAUUCUUGGGAACGCGGUUAUAUAUGGAAGCAACAAAUGAGGAAAUGAAAAAUGGGGAUGCGACGGCGUUAGUGCUUCUGAACACCCGCCACAUAGGCGGCUACAGAUCGACCAAAGAAAUGGUCCAUUCCGACGUGGACUCAAAGUGGGGUAACCGAUUCGCUUUCAUGCACGUGGCUGCUCCUGAUUUGACUCCCGCUAACUCCUCCAAUCCUGUCCUUUUUGUCUCCAAAGCGCGCGAAAUCAUCCAGCGCAAAAGAAAUUCCGCCGCCAUUUUACUUACCGGCAAAGUCUUGGACGCCUUGCGUCAACACAAAGGCCCCGAGGCGACGGCUAAAUACGUGCACAACACCCUGAAGAAUUCGAGCAUGACAAUAUCAAAUUUAAUUGGGCCGAUUCAGAAACUGGCUUUGGCAAAUCAAACCAUGAAGGGGGUGUAUUUCAUGGUUGUCGGCGUUCCGCAGAGUCUUACCAUAACAAUUCUAAGCUAUAUGAGGAUGCUAAGGAUUGCGGUGGGAACAGAAAGGGGUCUCAUUGAUCCUGAGAAGUACAAGGAAUGUGUCCAGAGAGCUUUCCGCAUGAUUUCCGACGCUGCUGAUCCAUAGGUUGCUAGAAACGUAACACUGUUUAUUUAUAGAGUAAUUGUACACACCUUCAAUUUUUUUGAUUUUUUUAAAAAAUGUCUUUCUUGUAAAUUACUUCUUCCAUCCAAUAAUAAGGUUCACAUUCACCAAUUAAUUAAUUCUAUGAUCAACGUAACCCAAUUUUAAUAACAGUUUCAAAUAAAUAAAUUUGUUGAUAUUUGAAUUCAGAUGUCACAUUUUAAUCAAUUGUUACAUUUCAAUAGAUUUUUAGUAUGAUUUUAAGACCUACUAAUUUAAGCUUUACAAGAAAACUGGUAAUUUAAUUAUAAGUCGAACAUUCUGAAUUGAAACAAGAACCUUAAUAUAUGGGAUGGAAGGAGUGCAAUAAUAUACAAUAUAAUAUUUAAAUUAAUGUAAAAUUCUGGUAUGAUUCAUGUAUUUUGAGAAUUUGUUUUUCCAUACUUAACAUCUUGUAGACGUUAAUAUUUCGUAAAUCACAAUGGUUGAUGUUUACAAAUGGUGGGGGUCCUAUUUAAUUCUUUUGUAAUCG